UCGCCCUGGUAGUCUGCUCACGGUCAUAUUUGCAGGAGCCUUAUGCAAAGCUGCGGACAAAAACGAUUGACGGAUGUUUAUUACAAAAACGGGGUUCCUACUGUCUCUCAGCAUUUUCGCAAGCGAUUCCAUUCCACAGCUUGUGUUUUAGAAUGGCCCUACAGAGAAAGCUAAAUUUACAGCUUUACUCCUGCGAUACACUCCUGUUAUGUGGAUCCACAACACAGCCGUCUCCAUGACAACUGCAGUCCGGCAGAAAAGACAGUUCACUGUGUCCCAUCCAAUGUUGCCGCAUGCUUGGAAUAAUCGUCACUGGUGUAACAUGAGCGUGAUCACAAAUGCAUGCCCUGCACGGUUAGUGGUUCAGACAUAGUCAUGAAAAAAGAAAUGAUCAAGUGAAACUUUCUGGGAGGUUGGGGGAGAUUCCUGUUAUCAUGGUUGCGGGGAAACGAGCAGCCAUUAGUAUCUAAUGGUGGUGAUUAGGGGCCAUGAGAUUCAAGCUUUUCCUUGUCUUUGGGAGGGUGGCCAUCUCUGGCAGGUGGCUGGCCCUGGAGAUGGUAGAGCACGCUUCCUGGAUGCGGAGGGCCAUAUGUUUUUUGUAUUGCACACAAUCUGUCACGGUUUUGUUAGGACCCGAACUAAAGCAGGCAGCAAUCUGCUGGCGUCUCUGAUGCUACAAGCAGAAUUUGUGUCAGUAACCUUCAGCUCUAUCAAUACCAUGCUCCCUUUUUGCGUAGCGUGUCCCAGAGCAGCUCUCUGGAAGAGGUCCGCCUGGACGGGGGCCCCAUAGUCCCUCCCGCUCCCCGCAGGGUGGAGAUGAGACGCGACCCGGUGUUGGGCUUUGGCUUCGUCGCGGGCAGUGAGAAGCCUGUGGUCGUUCGCUCCGUCACCCCCGGGGGUCCUUCAGAGGGCGAGCUUCUCCCUGGAGAUCAGAUCAUCAUGAUCAAUGAGGAGCCAGUCAGCACUGCCCCAAGAGAACGGGUCAUUGAUCUCGUCAGAAGCUGUAAGGAAUCCAUCAUGCUGACAGUCGUUCAGCCUUACCCUUCGCCAAAAUCUGCCUUCAUCAGUGCUGCGAAGAAAGCCAAGUUAAAAUCAAACCCAGUGAAGGUGCGCUUCGCGGAGGAGGUCAUCGUCAACGGCCAGGCUCCUGACUUUGUCAAAGAUAAUUCGCUCCUUUUCAUGCCAAAUGUUCUGAAAGUAUAUUUGGAAAAUGGACAAACUAAGUCAUUUCGUUUUGACAACAGUACCUCAGUCAAGGAUGUCAUCUUAACUCUGCAAGAGAAGCUGUCCAUCACGAGCAUCGAGCACUUCUCUCUGAUGCUAGUGCAGCGUGCCGAGGCAUCUGCAAGCAAGCUGCUGCUCCUUCACGAGCAGGAGAUGUUAACUCAGGUGACACAAAAACCAGGAUCUCAUAAGAUGAAAUGCUUCUUCAGAAUCAGCUUUGUUCCGAAGGAUCCCAUUGACCUGCUGAGACGAGAUCCAGUCGCUUUUGAAUAUCUUUAUGUUCAGAGCUGCAAUGAUGUGGUGCUGGAACGAUUCGGGCCUGAGCUGAAGUACGACACAGCCCUCCGCCUGGCUGCUCUGCAGAUGUACAUCCUGACUGUCACCAUGAAGCAGACGCAGAAGGUGUCGCUCAAGUACAUUGAGAAGGAGUGGGGCUUUGCGCUUUUCCUGCCCCCGGCACUGCUGUCCAGCAUGAAGGAGAAGAACAUCAAAAAAGCCCUGACCCACAUCCUGAAAACCAACCAGAACCUCGUACCUCCCGGCAAGAAGCUGACUGCCUUGCAGGCUAAAGUACACUACCUGAAGUACCUCUGCGAUCUGAGGUUAUAUGGGGGUCGAGUAUUCAAGUCAAUACUGUUGCAGGGGGACCGGCACACCGAAGUGACCCUGCUGGUGGGGCCACGCUAUGGCAUCAGUCACGUCAUCAACACCAAGACCAACCUGGUGGCCCUGCUGGCCGACUUCAGCCACGUCCAUCGCAUUGAGAUGUACGCGGAGGACGAGAGCAAUGUCAGGGUAGAGCUGCACGUCCUGGAUGUCAAGCCUAUCACCCUCUUUAUGGAAUCCUGUGACGCCAUGAACCUGGCCUGUCUGACUGCUGGAUACUACAGGCUGCUGGUAGAUUCUCGGCGCUCCAUUUUCAACAUGGCCAACAAAACCAAGGCAGGAACUGUGGAUGGCGGCCAGGAACCAAGGGGCAAGUUUAACUGCCAAGGUAUUGAGUGCGUGUACAGUACCUCCUUCAGUGGCAGCGAGGAUCCUGGCCUUCAGUUAUGCCAGAAGGAUUCCCAUGAAAAAGACAACUUUUCCAUUUGUACAGGAAGUGAAAAGGAGGCUGUUCCCAUUUACAUCACAGAGGUAGAGCAGUCCCAGCAUGCCGUGCAGGUAGGACACAGAGCUGAGAGAGGGAACAGGAGCACACACUCCCAAGCCUUUCUCUCUAUGGCAAGAACUAAACCCCAGGACUCUCCCAGAAGUGCCAAGGUUUCUUUUAUUUUUGGAGAUGCUCCUUUAGAUAGUAUUAACCCCCAGAACCUUGGUUACCAGAGACUAAUGGAUGAUAGCCCGGAAAUGUUAGAUGACCACAGCUCCUUCUAUCUGCCAAACAAUGAAGACUUAAAGCAUUUGGGUCCUUCUGGAGAUGGGGAUGGAUUUCAGUAUGGCUCCCAUACGGUCUACAGCAGCAUCAAUGAUGCAAAAAUCUUUGGAAACACAGGAGGCAUUGAGGAGCCUCUACUACAUGACAUUUGUUAUGCAGAAACCACGGACGAUGCAGAGGAUGAGGAUGAAGCCAGCUGUGAGGAGGACAGUGAAGUCGGUGAGAUGGGCAAGACCACCUUUCUCAAGUUCUCGGGCUCCAGUGACGACAUAAUCGACUUGACCUCCCUGCCUCCUCCAGAGGGGGAUGAUGAAGAGGACAACGAUGUCCUUCUGCAUUCACUGAACCUAGCCAUUGCCGCUCCUCCUCCUGGGUUCAGGGACAGUUCGGAUGAAGAAGAACACCAUGUCUCACAAGUUACAGAGGGAAGAGGCCCAGGGAAACUCAAUGACAUCCCAGUGUCUCUGAUUGACACUGUCCCAACACAGGGCAACAGCAGCAGUGAGAAAGCCCUGGACGAUGCUGUGGUCUCUACACUGCAGGCACUGGAAGCCCUUGCAGCGUCUGAAGAGUCGUCCCAUCCAAAGUCCAACAGUAAUACAGGUUUAGCCAUGUCUCGGGCCUUUAGCCCGGAGUCCUCUUCAGAUUCUGGGAAUGAAACAAACUCCUCUGAAAUGACGGAGAGCUCUGAGCAGGCCGCAGCCCAGAAGCAGUCAGAAAGCAACAUGCGCCUCUUUGUGGCAACCACAGAGGGAUUUCAGCCUCUCCUAGUGGAAAAGACAGAGUUUCCCAUCUCUCCUUCUGAGGGAGACCAUUCUCUGAAGAUGCCCCUUGGUUUCUUGAGCCGGAAAGAAGGCGAGACUUCAGCUAUGCCUUCAAAACAGAUCCUUCACUCUGAGAAUAUUGAAAUGGAGCCAGAAACCAUGGAGACUAAAUCAGUCACAGAUUACUUCAGCAAAAUGCAUGUGGGGUCUGUGAUGCCGUCCUGUAACAACAAACAAAAGGGAAAGCCUAGUGAGGUGGAUCCCAGAAUGCCCUUCGAUACAAACACCACGGGAAAACGACAGGUGAGGAUGGCUGAGGCAGCCGGGGAUGAGCAGCUCCACGGUGGAAAGUACAACACCUUCUCCGCCAGAGAUGCCCAUCGCAUGAAUCACUUUGAUCUAGAACGUACCUCAUUCCGAGAGAAGAGCCAAAGGUCACACAUACUGAGUGAAAACAAGAUGGCAGAAAAUCCCACCAUGGGAACUAUGAGUGGUCACCCUCUGUUACGUGGACGUCAUGUUGGUCAGGCUGAGCUCCAAGAGUCAGAACAGGAAGCAAAUGACAACAGGGUUCCAAGUAACGGAAAGGAAGAAGGUCUUACAUCAGAAACCUUCUCCCAAGAAAAGGAGCAGAACAGCUCCCAGCAAGUCAAUGCCCCCCUUGAGGAGCAAACACAGAGCAAGCAACCUCCAGGCGAGCACGCUGUUGCUGGGCUGUGUGAGUACCACCUAGCCAAACGCAUGUCAUCCCUACAGAGUGAGGGUCACUUCUCCCUUCAGAGCUCCCAGUGCUCCUCUCUGGAUGCCAGUGGCUCUACAGGCAGCAGCAGUUGUGCCACUCCCAUGGAUUCCCCCCUCUGCACCACUGAUACAAAGCACAUCAGCUACAUGGGCGCAGAGGACAAAGCCCAUAGCGCCCCAAGUCAUGGCCCUCAGCUCAAGGAUCUCCACCCGAAUGCCGAUGCAACAAUGCUUCGGAAGAUGCUGCCUAACUUACACACGGCCCCUGGCUCUGAACCUUUGUUUGGGGCUUUGCGAGAAGGAUGUCACCGCAUUCCUAAGAUCAAAGAAACCACAGUGUAGCUUACACAGAGACUGAGAAGGCCCAACGUGGGGACUCAUCAUCAGCUCUUCACAAACAGGCGAAAGAAUCUCCCCUGCUGCCGUCAUCUCGCUUAAGUACAGAAUCAAAGGUGCCAAAGCAGGAGUCCACGCACAGUGAGAAAAUAACCAUCUUCCAACAUCUCCCAGAAGCUUGCAGUCAUGUGAUCCCUGCACUGGAGGUAUUGGCCGGAGCCUGAGACGGAGCUCCAGCAGCAUAACUACUGGCUUCAGGAGUUUCGACACCUUGUUUGAGAAGAACAAAGCUGCA